AUGGCGAAGAUACCCACAGGCUCUUCCACUGACCCAUGGGAGACAGUUAUGUUCACCGAAAUUUACAUGUCCAUAGAACUGUCUAAAGAGAAUAACUCCGCUGACUCUUACCUCCAGCAGGAAGAGAACUUAGUCCCUAUAGGAAUCCAGGUCUUGAUGUACAUUAUGUACAUAACGAUAUCACUUGCUGCUAUUGGAGGUAAUGGGAUCGUGUGUUACAUUGUGAUGUCUGAUCCUCGAAUGAGAACUGUGACGAACUUUUUCAUUGUUAACCUUGCGGUUGGAGAUAUUUUGAUGGCUGUUCUGUGCAUUCCCUUCACCUUCGUGGUUAAUCUUAUUCUGGGAUGCUGGCCAUUUGGUGCGGUUUUCUGUGUGAUUUUCACUUACGCUCAGGCUGUUUCUGUAUUUGCUAGUGCUUAUACACUAAUAGCGAUCAGUGUAGACAGGUACAUCGCCAUCAUCAAACCACUAAGGCCACGAAUGACCAAGUUGCAAGCUAAGCUACUUAUUUUUGCUGUUUGGUUGGUGGCGCUGCUGACACCACUCCCGACUGCUAUCGUUUCAAAACUAGUACCACAGAACAACACCGACCGUUACCUGUGCACCGAGGUUUGGAGCACUCCAGUUCAAAGAUAUUACUACAGCAUGGCUCUCAUGACUUUACAAUACUUUCUGCCACUCAUUGUACUCAUCUUUACUUAUACCAGGAUAGCUAUUGUUGUGUGGGGAAAACGGACACCAGGGGAAGCUGAAGACAACCGCGAUCAUCGAUUGGCUGCAUCGAAACGAAAAAUGGUAAAAAUGAUGAUCACCUGUGUUACAGCUUUUACUCUCUGCUGGCUACCCCUAAACACUUUGCUUGUCGCCGGAGAUCACGACCCAAGCAUCUAUACCCAUCCACACAUCAUGUACAUAUGGUUUGCCUGUCACUGGCUAGCAAUGAGCCAUGCCUGUUGCAAUCCUUUCAUUUAUUGCUGGAUGAACUCCAAGUACAGAGCAGGUUUUCGUAAAGUCUUCCAUCUGUUCUGUUAUGAUCAAGAUGAUGGUUACCAUAGUGUCAGUCUUCACCGUUUGCUGGCUGCCGUUUAA